AUGUUCGCCUCUGCUCUGCGCGCCAGCCUCCGCGUCCAGCGCGCCCGGGUCCCGCUCCUGUCGCCGUCGUCGUCUUUUGCCCUGCGCCGUUUCGCCAACGCAAGCGCCGCCUCGCUCGACCUGGUGAAGUUUGGCGUCACGAAUGCCAAGACGCAGGUGCACCACAACUUGAGCUACGAGGAGAUUGCGGCCCACGAGGAGAAGAACGGGGAAGGGGAGUUUGUGCAGAACGGCACGUACACGAUCGACACGGGCAAGUUCACGGGCCGGUCGCCAAAGGACAAGUACAUUGUGGACCAGAAGCCGUCGACGGACAACAUCUGGUGGGGCGAGAUCAAUCGACCCGUGAGCGCCGAGGUGUUUGACGCACUGUACGAGACGGUGACCAAGCACUACAGUGCGGCAGACAAGGUGUACGUCUUUGACGGCUACGCUGGCGCCCACGCGGCGUCGCGCAAGAAAGUGCGCUUUCUCACAGAGUUGGCGUGGCAGCAUCACUUUGUGACGAACAUGUUUCUGCGUCCGCAGACGAGGGACGAGAUUGAGGCGUUUGAGCCGGAUUUUACCAUUGUGAACGCCUGUCGCGUGACGAAUCAGGACUAUAAGCAGCACGGCUUGAACUCGGAGGUGUUUGUCGCGUUUAAUAUUGAAAAGGACGUGGCUGUCAUUGGGGGCACGUGGUACGGCGGCGAGAUGAAGAAGGGGAUCUUUUCCAUGAUGAACUACUGGCUACCGCUGGACGGUAUCAUGGCCAUGCACUGCUCGGCCAAUAUGGGCAAGAAUGGCGACACUGCGCUGUUCUUUGGUCUAUCGGGCACGGGCAAGACGACGCUGUCGGCUGACCCCCAUCGGUACCUCAUCGGGGACGACGAGCACGGAUGGGACGAUGAAGGCAUUUUUAAUUUCGAGGGCGGAUGCUACGCAAAGACGAUCAAUCUGAGUCGUGAGAACGAGCCGGACAUUUACAAUGCGAUUAAGCGCGACGCUUUGCUCGAGAACACGUUCGUUGAUGCUGAGACCAAGGAGCCAGACUUUUACAACACGUCUAAGACUGAGAACGGCCGAGUGUCGUACCCCAUCUACCACAUUCCGAACCAUGAACCGACCUCGAGUGGCGGUCACCCGUCUAAUGUUGUCUUCCUGACGUGUGAUGCCUAUGGCGUCUUGCCGCCCGUGUCCAAGCUGAGUGACGGCCAGGCGAUGUACCACUUCCUGUCCGGUUACACGGCCAAGGUUGCGGGUACGGAACGUGGGGUGACGGAACCCACUGCGACGUUCAGCGCUUGUUUUGGUGCUGCCUUCCUGCCUCUUCACCCGACCAAGUACGCCGAUUUGCUGCAGAAGAAGCUGCAGAAACACCAAACCGAUGUUUAUCUUGUCAACACGGGCUGGACGAGCGGAAGCUACGGCGUCGGCAAGCGUAUGAGCAUCAAGGAUACGCGUGCAUGUAUUGACGCCAUCCUGGAUGGCUCCAUUAAGAAAUCGGAGUUUGCGGAAGACCCCAACUUUGGUUUCCAGGUGCCGAAGAAACUCGGCGAGAUUUCCGAGAGCGUACUGAACCCGCGCGAAGCUUGGAGCGACAAGGCCGCCUAUGACGCUGCAGCCAAGAAGCUGGCGGGUAUGUUCAAGGACAACUUCAAGAAGUACGUGUCGGCAGGCGUCACAGAUUACUCCAAGUUCGGCCCUAAGGUGUAA